UGCUGGAGCGGCUGCGAGCGAGCGUUUUUUUUUCCUCCCCUCCUGUGGUAGAGGCGCGAGACCCGCUGAGCCAUCGAGGGGGAAAGAGACAGCGUGUGUGUGAGGGGAGUGCAGGAGAGAAAAAAAAUAAAAUACAUACAGAGAGAGGAAGAUUCGUGAAAGAAAGCGCGGAUCAGGGCUUUUUUUCCAAUCAUUUUUUUCUCCUUUUUUUUUAUUUCCCCCUUUUUUUUCCUUCUUCCAAGAUGUCGGUCCCAGCGACAAAGAUGAGUAAAAAAGAGGUGAACUCGAACCAUGAUGGUGCAGACGAGACCUCAGAAAAAGAGCAACAGGAAGCCAUUGAACACAUUGAUGAAGUACAGAAUGAAAUAGACAGACUGAAUGAACAGGCAAGUGAGGAAAUUUUGAAAGUAGAGCAAAAAUACAACAAGCUACGCCAGCCAUACUUCCAGAAGCGGUCAGAACUCAUUGCCAAAAUCCCCAACUUUUGGGUGACUACGUUUGUCAACCACCCACAAGUAUCUGCGCUUCUGGGAGAGGAAGAUGAGGAGGCGCUGCAUUAUCUGACGAGAGUGGAGGUGACAGAAUUUGAAGAUAUCAAAUCAGGCUAUAGAAUAGAUUUUUAUUUUGAUGAGAACCCAUACUUUGAUAAUAAAGUUCUGUCCAAAGAAUUUCAUCUGAAUGAAAAUGGAGACCCAUCUUCAAAAUCAACAGAGAUCAAAUGGAAGGCAGGAAAGGACCUGACAAAGCGCUCCAGCCAGUCGCAGACUAAAGCAGGCAGGAAGCGACAGCAUGAAGAGCCAGAAAGCUUCUUUACUUGGUUUACCGAUCACUCGGAUGCAGGUGCAGAUGAACUGGGAGAGGUCAUCAAGGAUGAUAUCUGGCCAAACCCACUGCAGUACUAUUUAGUUCCUGAUAUGGAAGAUGAAGAAGGUGAUGGUGAGGAGGAGGAUGAAGAUGAGGAGGAAGAAGAAGGAUUGGAGGAUAUCGAUGAAGAAGGAGAUGAGGAUGAAGAGGGUGAAGAGGAGGACGAAGAAGAGGAGGAGGAAGGAGAAGAAGCCGAGGAGGAGGAAGGCGAAGACGACUGAUCUGGUUGCUGUUGAUAUUCACCUCUACUUUUUUUCUUUAGUCCCUGGGAGCAAGUUGCUGUCUUUUUGUGCUCAGUUUCCUUGCUCUCCUGAGGUCCUUAAACCAUUAUACACAAUUGGGAUGAGUUACAUGCGCAAACAACAGUGGCAAUCUCUCUCUGCCAUUUCCGUGAACUGAUAUGAAUUCUCCUAGCGCCAGCUGAUCAGCACACAUCUUCUGUAGUAAUGUGAUUGUAUUUUUUUUUACUUUUUAUUUUAAGCCCCACCCCACCCUCCCACAUCCACCCAUCCCUCUGCUGGAAGCCCAGAACUAUUUUCUGCCUUUGUGCUGUGAUUAUAGAUAAUUUUGAAUAGGCUUUUUUCCUACCUGUUCUGGCCCAGAGAUUACACUGUGUUUCCAUGUGAUGUGGAGAAUUAGCAGUUACCAUCAAGUCCUUUGUUUUCUUCUCUCUUGUAACAAAUGGGUGUCACUGAACACCUAGGGUAGAUGCAGAUGGUUGGGUUCUAAUGGGUGGGUUUAUUGGGUAUUUUGAGGACUGGCUGUACUUAGCAUGUUGAUGCAUUGUAUAUUGAUACAACAUCCGUGCAACCAAACUUUUAAAUAUUAAUCGAUUUGAACCCCACGGCAGAUGGAGGAGUAACAAUCUGUAGAAUCUUAUUGGAAUCUACACUCUCUAAUGUAAUUUUUUUGUUUCACUGGAAAGGAAAAUUGCUCCGUUUUAAACGUUAGAGUGUACAAGUUGCUUUGUUACAAUAAAACUAAAUGUGUACACAAAAA